AUGUCAAGAACCCCUACGAUUCUCCCCCUUAUUGCAAACUUAAAGAAGCAUACGAUCAAUCCUGCUAACCUGGCUACUUGGACUCAUGCUUCUAUCGCCACCACCAAAGGACAUCCUCGCAGGAAAGAUGAUCGGUUGUGGUACUCGACGGGGCAAACUCUACUACUUGGACUAGGCACCGGACAAUGA